CGACAACUCAACACCAUGGAUCUCGUACAGACAGUGCGCAAAGAAGGUAGCCGCGGCGGUCGCGCCGACUUCAAAUGGGAAGACGUCAAGAACGAUGCGCAACGCGAAAACUACUUGGGCCACUCGCUCAUGGCCCCCGUCGGCCGCUGGCAACAAGGACGCGACCUGAACUGGUACGCAAAGGGCGACGAGGAAUCUAAAGAAGCCGAAGCAGCGCGCAUCAAGGAAGAGAAGCGCAAACUGAAGGAGGCUGAGGAAGACGCCAUGCUAGCUGCUAUGGGUCUGCCGGUGCCAGUACGCAACAAUGCGAACCUGACGCCACUCGGCCAGAAGGCGCAUGAGGCAGAUGUCAAGGAUACGCUAGACGAGAAGGCCAAAGUUGAGGACGAUGACGACAAGGCGAAGAGGAGGGAGAAGAAGGAGCGCUCGCGGAGACACAGAGACGAUGACGGAGAGCGAAGGAGACGACAUCGAUCUCGGAGUCGUUCGCGGGACAGAGAGCGACGUCACAGACAUCGAGAACGUUCACGGUCGCGCGACAGGCGGAGGGAUGAUGGUCGUGAUGAUAGGCGCAGACACCGAUCACGAAGCCGCGACCAUAAGCGACGCGACGACCAUACAGAACGCAGGCGAGAACGCGAUGUCGAUGCGAAAAGAUCAAGAUCACUCUCGAGAGACCGGAGACGGCGAAAGGACACAAGAAGCAUGUCACCACACGAGAAGAGCGAGAGGAGAAGGGAUUGAAGCAUAUAUCAGGUGUAGGGAGCAUAUUCUUAAGGCGGUAUUGAUCAGGCAAUAGGCGUUCUUGAGUUUUCUCCCGGCAUGGUGCCGCCCACGUCCAGUUCACACAAGAGCUUAUGUUGCCUUAGCGAAAUAUUUACAUUGGCCAUCCAGACAUUGAUCCAAAUGAAGUUCUAGCGAUUCCUCGAGCAACUCUCUGCCUUAUAUGCCGAAGGAGGUUCUUUCGUGCACCUGAC